GAAUCUAACCCUAAAUUAUGCCCACCCAUAAUCAGCAAUUCAGAAUUCACUCGAAUACCCCUACUUUCCAUAGCAACCACUUUCCUCCCACUUCCCUCCAUCGACCAGAGGUUGCCGUCGUUGGCCGCUCACGUAACUGUUGAACACGCCGCUUACCUCGCCUGGUCGCCCCUCCAGUCUCUAGCCUCUGCUCAUCUCACCAUCACUCACCUCUACGGGUGCAUUAUUUACAUGGAGGCUCUAUCAGCAGAUUGCACAACUGAUGUGAAUAAUGAGUUUGAGUGGUCUUUAGAGGAUGAAAUAGACGAUGUUGAAGGGUUAGAGUACGGAGACAUUUUGGGGUUGACUGCUGGAGACAUAAUGAGGAUGGUUUUCCGCAGCGAUGAUGGAGCUUAUGAGUUUUACAGGGUGUUUGGUAAAUUUCACGGAUUUGGCAUUCGAAAGGGUGAUUGUGGUAAGGAUGAUGACGGAAGGUUGAUUAAGAGGAGGUUUUUCUGUAAUAGGGCAGGAUUGAGGGAGCAUAAACACUAUAACCGAGUUGAUAGGCGGCGGGAGCACAAGCCUGAGACCCGCACAAAUUGUGAUGCAAAGUUAUCAAUUUACCUUGAUAUCAACAUCAAUGUUUGA